UACACCUGUGUGAGCCUCGCGCUUAGAACCACCGCAACCACCAACACCAGCGUGGCAACGCGGUUUCGUGGAACCGCGACGGUGGUGGCGCCGUUGUCAUGGUGUUCGGAACGCGAAUCCGCCGCCGAUCUCCGUCGUAGUGUGCGGCUGUUGGUGUGCAAUAGAGACCACGGGCCGCAGCUUUCCGGAGCCGCCGUCACGUUCGCGUGCGUCAGUUGAGUUCGAAACCUGGUCGCGUACGGACACGGCACCUGUACGUGCACCUCGUCGCUGUUUUCCUCCCCGUUCGCGGCCACCCCCCCCGGUGCGAGGGUCGAUCAAAACAAAAAACAAAUCAACCAAACAAACCACCCCCUCCCGGGACACGAGAUCAACCGAGAGGGGUAGCGUAAGUGUGGUGCGUUUUCUUCCUUCCGUCCGAGUUUUUCCCUCGACAUUCGCUUGCGGCAGGUCUCGGCAGGUGAUGUGGCGCGUGCGGUGUCCUCGCGAUUGGCGCACCAACUUCUUGUUCUAGCGCUCAUUCUUCGGCCCAUUGUUUCCCCCCGUUGUUACCGUGUGCUAGUGCGUGUGUAAGGUGCUGGUUGAGCCCGCCUUUUGCGUAAAAGCAGUAAAAACCCCGUGUGGAAAAAAAAUCGCCAUCCCCUCAUAUACGCCCCCUUCAUGGGGAGGAAAUGAGCACGGCGCGAUAAAUUUGCGUGCGUAUCUCGCGGCCCGUGCUGCUGCGUGUCACCGCGAUCAGUGUAUUUCUCUGUGUAUGUGUGUUUGCGUAUGUGUGCACCUUUCGAUGGGAGUAUACGUGUGAUUCUGUGGCCACACAUUUCUAUCCACGGUUCUUGAUGUCGCGAUCGUACCGAUCGAGCGCGCGCGCGCCUUCCGGUGGAGGAUCGUUUUUCCCCUCGGUUUCAUGUUUUGAUGUUUCAAUGUGAUUUAAAAAAUAAAACCUUCACCUCGUCCGCGUGCUCCAAAGCAGUAGGCGUUUGCCUUCGAUUGUCAACAUUUGGGCAGAUCCAAGCAGCCGGAUCGGUUCGGCUUGCCGUUCGUAUUUUCGCGACGAGAAGAUUUCGCUACACUCGGGCGAAAUUUUACUUUCCCACGGUGUCCCCACACACGCCCGAGCGACGCCGCACGCGAACUGCGGCUGUAAGGAGGAAGCGGCUCGGUGCGGAUCGGGUUUCGACGGGGCAACAACACUGACAACGCGGCGGUGUGGUAAGAUUUGAUGCGGUGGAAAAAUCGAAAGGUUCGUCCGAGAGAGAGAUAGAGAAAGGGUGUAGAAGAAGCAAGAGGUGAGCGCAGUGGAAGAAAAGUUACCUAGCGAGUGGAAAGUAAGCAAGCGAUCGAGACGCGCAACGAUAAGCGAGAUCGAGAUCGAAACGAGAAAGUGCAUCAUCACAACGGUGCUGGAGUAGAAGAAAAUCGACGAAAGGAAUAACAAAACACGAUACGAAGUCAAGAAUCGAACUGCUGCAAAGAUGAGGAUCCGAAGUCUACUGCUCGCUCCGGCCACCCUCGGGGUGUUUAUUAUAGUGAUCCUCCAGUGUUCGGCGCCGACCGUGACGGCGAUACAGACGGAAAAGGAAGCCUACUUCAAUGGUUCCGCCUACCUUAGGUUACAAACGCCAAUGACCCUAUGGAGCUAUUCGGCGAUUAGUUUUAGGUCGUGCAGAGGGGGAGAAAUUCUGUCGCAGGUGUACUUAAAACAUGCGCUCCUCAUUUCGGUCCUACCGGAUGGCGUUUCGAUCCGACUGACGACGCCUGGCAAGCAGCAGCACGUCGAAGCACGCCUACCCGGGCACCUGCUGGACAACCACUGGCACACGCUGGAGUUCGUCUACCAGACGGGAUCGCUGUACUGCGUGAUUGACAAGCAGCCGACGCUGAUCGCCAACCAGAGCUACAAUGCGCCGCUGCUGCACGAUCAGGAGAUCAAGAACGAGGCGGCCGUGCUGAUCCUCGGCAAACAGUUCUCCGGCUGUCUGCUGCACGGUCCCGGUUUGGUGUUCAACGCGAGCGCUAUGCACGCCGAAGCGGUCGUGUUUGGACCGUGUCCGCUGGCCGGCGGUCCCUGCACGGACCAGGACGUCCUCGAGGGUGUCCCGGUUGAUUACUGCCUGCACGAGCCGUGUAUGCAGCAUGGUACCUGCGUGUCCGGGGCCGACUCGUACGAGUGUCACUGCACCGCGCGCUAUACCGGCAAGAACUGCCAGCUGGACAUGGGCGCACCGUGCCAGAGCUACCCGUGCCAGCAUGGGGGCACCUGUUCCGAGGACAGUAAGGGGGACUUCCGGUGCAGCUGUGCGUCCGGCUACACUGGCUUCCUGUGCGAGACCGAGCUGAGCGUCCAUCCGCUCUGUGCAACGACGCCGUGUGCCAACAACGGCACAUGCCGAGUGCCGCCCGGAGCAGCCAGCUUCGAGUGUGACUGCCUGCGAGGCUUCACCGGGGCGCGUUGUGAGAUCAACUCGGAAGACUGCAAGCCGAACGUGUGCCUCAACGGAGGCCGCUGCAUCGACGGCGUGGAUGCGUUCACCUGCGACUGCAAGGGCACCGGGUACGGUGGCACACUCUGCCAGAACAACAUCGACGAGUGCCUGAGCAAUCCGUGCCACAACGGCGGCACCUGCUUCGACACGUACGGUUCGUUCCUGUGCGACUGUCCGCCCGGCUUCACCGGGGCCAAGUGCAUGCUGAGCAUCAACGAGUGCAAGUCCCAACCGUGCCAGAACGGUGGCACCUGCGUGGACACGCGCGAGGGCUUCGAGUGUCGCUGCAUUCCCGGAUACAACGGAGCACUCUGCGAGCUGGAACCGGGCUGUGGUCAGUGUCCGCCGGACUCCGAGUGUAUCGCCGGUCGGUGUGUCUGCAAACCGGGCACGACAGGCCUGGUAGGACUUUGCGUAGAGCAAACCACGGCCGCCGCCGUCGUUACGAUCGCGUCCAACACCAACAUGAACGCCGCCGGCACAAGUGCACAGAAAUCCCAGGCCCUCACUACUAAUGCAUGCUCUAGCUAUUGCCUCAAUGGCGCCAGCUGCGUUGCCGCACCCCCGACCGGAGGCGCCGGUUUCGCUCAAAAUUUUACCUGUGUUUGUGCUAGCGGAUUUACAGGAAACCGCUGUGAAUCGCCGAUCGCGCUUCCGUACUCGGACGAAUGCAACUGCCUGAACGGUGGCAGCUGCGCACCGAACGGUUCCACCUGCAUCUGUCCCCAAGGAUACGAAGGGUCACGGUGUGAGCGAGAGACGAGCACCACAGGUCCCACGGGAAGCUCAGGAGGAUCCCUCUGCAGCCCGUCCAACUGUGCCGAACCGUUCCGCUGCAUCGGUGGCAAGUGUCAGUGUCCGGAUGGUGUGGCGAGCUGCGACAGUCCGUGCGCCUCGUCACCGUGCCAGAACAACGGAUCGUGCUUCCUGCAGGGCCAAGGGUACGGCUGUAAGUGUGCGCCCGGCUACGAGGGGAAGCGUUGCGAGAACGACAUCGACGAGUGCAAGCGGGACGGUAUCUGCGGAAACGGCAUCUGUCAGAAUACGCCCGGCUCGUUCCGGUGCUUCUGUACGCCCGGGUACACGGGGCUCAACUGUGAUCUGGACGUGGACGAGUGUCUGAGCCGGCCGUGCAAGAACAACGCCGAGUGCCAGAACAAGCAGAACGACUACGAGUGCAUCUGCCCGCCCGGGUACACGGGGAAGGACUGCAGCGUGGACAUCGACGAGUGCGAGGGUAACCCGUGCUCGAAGGGCUCGAAGUGUCUGGACCAGGUGGCCAACUUUACGUGCGUUUGCGUGCCAGGAAUGACGGGACGGUUGUGCGAAAUCGAUAUCGACGAUUGUGAGAGUCAACCGUGCCAGAAUGGAGGACGCUGCAUCGACCAGCUGGGUGGUUUCCAGUGUGACUGUGGCGGUACCGGGUACUCGGGCACCUUCUGCCAGACGAACAUCAACGAGUGCGAAUCGAACCCGUGCACCAACGGGGCCGAGUGUGUGGACAAGGUGAACAACUACACCUGCACCUGCUACCCGGGCUACACCGGGAAGAACUGCGAGGAAGACAUCGACGAGUGCGAAAGUGCCCCGUGUCUGUACGGCGGCACCUGUCUGCAGCACUCGAACCAAUCGCUCUACCAGUCGGGGUCAUUCCUGGUCGCCAAAGGGCUCCCGAGUUACUUCUCGCAGUCAUUCUCGUACGCGAUCGCUGACGGCUACGAGUGCGUCUGCGUGCCGGGCACGAUGGGCACCAACUGCGAGACGAACAUCAACGAGUGCGAAUCAAACCCGUGCAAGAACGGCCAGUGCGUGGACGGUGUGGGCAAUUACACGUGCGAGUGCGAGCCGGGCUUCGAGGGAGCGCACUGCGAGACGGACAUCGACGAGUGCCUAAAGUAUAAUCCGUGCGUGCACGGCACGUGCAUGGAUGGGCGAAACAACUACAACUGCGACUGCGAUGCGCUCUGGGGUGGCAAGAACUGCUCGGUGGCGCUGACGGGGUGUCUGAAGCAACCGUGCCUGAACGGUGGCACUUGCAUGCCGUACCUGGAGAAUGAGACGCAGCACCGGUUCAACUGCUCGUGCCGACAGGGCUUCCACGGCAAGACGUGCAACACGGUGACGACGAUGUCGCUCGUUGCCACCAGCCUGCUGGUGGUAAACACGACCCGCGACGAAGGCUACGACAUUCAGCUACGCUUUAAGACGACACUGCCGAACGGGAUCCUCGCUUUCGGCAACGGUGCUACCUCGUAUAUUCUGGUGCUGAACAACGGGCGGCUAAACCUACACUCCGCACUGCUCAACCGCUGGGAUGGCGUGUUUAUCGGCUCCGAGUUGAACAACAGUAAGUGGCAGAAGGUGUUUGUGGCGAUUAAUUCCUCCCAUCUGGUCCUGUCAGCGAACGACGAGCAGACGAUCUAUCCGAUCGCAUCGUACGAGGGAACCAACGGUGCCAACACAUCCUUCCCGAUCACGUACCUCGGUGGAACGACACCAUCGUUGGCACAACCCUACCUCAAGCACAUCGCUCGGGCCGUGUCGAGCUUCGUCGGGUGCAUGGAAGACGUGGUGAUCAACGACCAGUAUGUGCUGCCUGGGCAGGAGCAGGAGUUUACCAGCCUCACCAACAUCGACACUGGUUGCCCGCGGACGGAACAGUGUCACCCGAAUCCGUGCCAUUCGAACGGCCACUGUACGGAUCUGUGGCAUACGUUCUCGUGCAGCUGCCAGCGGCCACACCUCGGGCACACGUGCAAGUACAACAUUACGGCGGCCACGUUUGGCCACGAAAACACCACCAACUCGGCCGUCAAGGUGACCGUGAGUGAUGUAGCGCGCCGUGCCAUCCGCUCCGUGCUGGACAUCUCCAUGUUCAUCCGCACGCGCAAACCCUCCGGGCAGGUGUUUUACCUCGGUUCCGAUCCGGAGAAUCAGAGUGUCAGCAGCAGUAACCAGCCACCCGGAGACGCCUCGUACGUGUCGGCGUUCCUCGCCAAGGGCGAACUGCUCGUGCGCAUGAUCUUCAACGACACACCGGAGGGCUACACGGUCGGUGGGAACAAGCUGGACAACGGGUACCUGCACCUGAUCGAGGUGAUCCGCAACUCGACGCUCAUCCAGGUGAAGCUGAACGGUACCGAGUACUUCCGCAAGACGCUCUCCACCUCCGGGCAGCUGAAUGCGCAGGUGCUCUACCUCGGAGGCCCACCGCCCAACGCCGACAGCAUCAACAGCCUGUACAAGGACGACUCGGAGAAGCAGUACUUCAAGGGCAUCAUCCAGGACGUGCAGGUAUCCAAUGGGACGCACGAGAUGAUCGUUGAAAUGUACCCGCUCGCCAACGGUACCGACGGGCUGGUGCUGCCGGCACCGUUCGGGCAGGUCACCAUCGACCGGAACUCGGUGCUGGAGGGCAUCGUUUCGGACGAUCUGUGCCGGAGUCAGCCGUGCUAUCAUGACGCGUACUGCGAGAACACGUGGAACGAUUUCAUAUGUACCUGUCCAAGAGGCUACAAGGGCAAAUACUGCCAGGACAUUCAGUUCUGCGAGCUGCAAAAGUGUCCGAUGAAUGCGACCUGCCAGAACCGGGACGCCGGCUACGAGUGCAUCUCGAAUAUGACCUUCUACGAUGACAAGGAACCGCUCGUGUACACGUUCGAGGAUGCGGACCACAAGGAGAUCAACAUCGAGACGAUCGAGAUCUCGUACCGGACCAAGUUCGGUGGCACGCUGCUGUACGUCCAUGAUGGCGAUAUGUACUUCGAGAUCUCCACUAUCCGCAAGCUGGUCACGAUCUCGUGGCUGCUGUCGAGCGAUCUGCCCGAAACGCACCGCUUCGAGCGGGAGCUGGGUGACGACGAUGACGAUAGCUACGAUUGGCACACCCUCUACGUAAGGGCGAGCUCGGGCGGCAACCUGGAGGCGGGCUGGAAGGGCUGGGAAACCGCCAUCGAUCCGCAGCCGAGUCUGACGGCUAGCAUCGAUUACUACGCGUUCCGGCACCUGUUCUCCGGCCGACGGCAGAUCUACCUCGGCGGUAUGCCGGCGACGGCACACAUCGAGAACAACUCGGUGGUGGGCAGCGGGCUGGACAAGGGUUCCUCGUUCAAGGGUUGCCUCGGGGAGACGCGCGUCGGUGGCUACCUGCUGCCGUUCUUCCCCCACGAGGCCAUCUACCCGGACACGUUCAACCUGACCGAGGCGCACUUUACACUCAACUCGAGCCAACCGGACCAGGGCUGCAUCCUGUGCUUCCAGCAGUCGUGCAAGAACGGUGGCGUUUGUAGUAACCCUUCAGAGCAGUACGCAUGCGAUUGUCCGGCCGGUUACGAAAGCGACGAUUGCUCCCAGAACAUCGACGAGUGUCUGAUGGCCAACUGCACCAACGGGGCCACUUGUGUGGACGGGGUGGCCAACUUUACCUGCCAGUGCGUCGAAGGCUACGAGGGCCGGCUGUGCGAGAUCGAAAUCAACGAGUGCGAUUCCAACCCGUGCCAACACGGAGGCACCUGUCGGGAUCUGCUGGCCGAGUUUGCUUGCACCUGCCCGGAGGAAUACGCCGGACCGCAGUGCGAGGUGUUCCGAUUGGUUACCUGCGAGAACACGCCCUGCCGCAAUGGAUCACGUUGUGUCGACGGUUACAAUAUGACCACCGGAAACAACUUCACGUGUUCGUGCAGUGCCGGAUUCGCGGGGCCACUGUGUGACACUCCGUUUUGCGCGAUCGAACCCUGCCAAAACAGUGGCUUCUGUGAGACGGAAGCAAUGAUUCCUGUAUGCAGCUGCCAGCCCGGGUACGUCGGAACGUACUGUGAGACGGAGGUGAACGAGUGCGAAUCGGCACCGUGCCAGAACGGUGGCCAGUGCGUCGAUUUCAUCAACGAGUAUCGCUGCAACUGCACCGGCACCGGGUUCGAUGGCAAGCACUGCGAGCAGGACAUCAAUGAGUGUCUCCAGGAGCGGAUCAGCUGUGGUGGUCGAGGCGAUUGCAUCAACACGGAAGGUUCCUUCAGGUGCCGCUGCGAGGAAGGCAUGUGUGGGAAGGACUGCGCCCAGUUCGAUCCGUGCCAGCAGAAUCCUAGCAUCUGCCUGAAUGGUGGCAUCUGCGUGGAGGAUUGCGACAAGGAGCGACGGUACUAUUGCAACUGCACCGGCGGCUACACCGGCGUCAACUGUUCCGAGCAGGCUGAUAACACUAUCAACGAGAUAAGCUAUCUGGACACGGUUUACUACUAUGUGCAUAACUUUGUGGGGAGUGCGACGCUUGAGGCGGAAGAAGCGUCGGGCGCAGACAUUGUCAUCAUCGUGGUACCGGUCGUGAUCGGUAUUCUCAUGAUCGCCGGUGCCCUGAUCGGAACGUUCCUGGUGAUGGCCCGGAACAAGCGGGCAACCCGUGGAACCUACAGCCCGUCCGCGCAAGAGUACUGCAACCCAAGACUGGAGAUGGACAACGUACUGAAGCCCCCACCGGAGGAGCGACUGAUAUAGAAGGGUGGAAAACGGUGCACCUCUUCCUUCUCCUUUACGUUUGUUUGUUUGUAUCCUCCCGUUCCGUACGUUCCCCUCGGGUAUGUGUGGCCACACACUCCAUACAUGUCAUACAUUCCACUAGGUAGGCAAAUUACACUGCGUGCGCGUACGUGUAACGAAACUCAGCGAGAAGACAAGUGGUGCCUUCUUAUACGUUCCAUUUUACUGAACACGAUAGACGACACCCCCGGACCUCGUCCUGCAUUCCAUUGCUAGCGAUAAGAAUAGAAAGGACACUCAUUCUCCCACGAAUCCCGAAACGGGUUUCUUCUGAUUGUAAAAAGAUAGUUUAGUUAACAAUAGAGUAUCGAGCAUGAACGAAGGGUUUUUUUGUUUCUCUGUUAAGUAUAAGGACACUAUGACCCCGUCCCCCGGUGCCCGGUGUCCUCCGCCAACGUUCGCGUGCGGAAAGUGGUGCUUUUGAUCCCCCUUUGAUCGGUGGCUUUAGAGGGAAAGUUUUAAGUGGAAAGGGGGUUUAGUGUUUGUGUUUAUUUUAAAACCGCUUCCGCCGACGACUACUGAUUACAUUGUGAUAUACACUGCGGAAAGUCGGCGAGUCUCUUCCGCCCCGCCCGAUGCCCAGGAAGGGAGACGACGCAGGGCAACUGUUUGGACCAAGAAGGAUAUGGUUGCGGCCAAGCCAAGGUCGAACGUGAAAGGCAUUUAGCCUAGACUAUUUUUGUAAGAAAUAUAUACCGUCCAAUCAAAUAAUCAAUAAACGAUCUUUCCUGCUGGCUGACCGCACCUCACUUAAACAAUUAAAAAAAAGUUGGAUUAGACGAAGGGCAGGCAAAGGACAAACGACUCAAAAUAAAAUUUCCUCGCUCAUCUGCUCGCGAGCCAUCCAACCCUCUCCGUUCCUGUAGCAGAUUAAACUAACAUUCUAGGAUUUAAAUUAUAAAACCUUCGAAAUGUGCCUUCAAAAUUAUGCUUUUGGGAAAUUGUAAAAAAGUUAAGCCUUGCACAGGAAAGUGGAGUGAAACAGCAGAAAGCAAGGAACAACUGCCUUCGAUCAUCUUCAUGAGGUACGCUCAGGGGUUCGAAGUAAGAAGAAUGUUAUCUGUUACCGGUUUUCUUCGGCGCUUUGGGACGCUCCGUACUUCCUGCAACCAAAUGCAAACUUUUAUCGUAGAUUAGGACACGGAGUAAAAAACCAUAAAACUAAUUUGUUUAGGAUUUGGGUAAAAUAUUGCAUCUCACAACAUCGCAAAACAGCGGUUUCCGUCUCAUCACUUCCAAAAGGCUUUCGUAAUUUUUGCAUGCAGCAGAGAGAAAAAAAACAAUCAUUUUUAUAGUAUGUAUUUUACUCAUUCGCGCAUAUGUGAAAACAUUAUCAGAGAAAAGUGGAUCAAUAUUGUGUAAAGUAACACAGUAGGCAAAGAUAAGCAACGUAAUUUUAUGCGAUCGAUAGUGUUCAAGCCGGAUUGAUAUAACGAAGCGCUUGGGCGGAAAGGGCAAAUAGUUAGUUAAAACAAAACAAAACUAAGGUAAGGAUAGCGCAAUGACUAUGAGAAAGUGAGAACGAAAAUAGAAAAAAAAAUCAAAUAAAAAUUCAAUGAUUGAUA